AGGGGAGGGUUUCGAAGAGCAAGGAGGGCUAAUCACAUGGAGGGGGAGUGAAUGGAAAUUGGCAGGGUGACUUUCAACCUUCAACAGUCGCCCUGGAGUGCUGUGGUGAAGAACCAAGAGCAUUACUCCUUUUCUGAUGGAGAAGAGGACUUAUUGGGUCACCAGCAAUCUGCCUUUGAUCCUCUUCAAAGUCAAGUUUCUCACCAUUGUCUAGAAAAAUACCUAAUUCAGUGGACGGAUGUGUCCUCCUUAAACGUCUUCCUUUUGGGGGCAGUGGGAGAAAGUUAAAGACAUAUAAAAAGGAUUGAUAGUAGAAGGCAAGAAAAGAAGACAAAGGGAAGCAAAUGUGGAGACCCUAAAAUAGGAAUAGAGAAAAAAGCCAGGAUGAAAGGGAAGGGAAAGACCACAGAAAAUAAAAGCCCAGGGGAGUAAAAAGAGAGAAAGAGAAAAAAAGGAAAAACACAUUUAUUGCUGAGAGAAGUUUCUCUCCUUAAGUCUUCUAGGUCAAGAAGUCAGACAUGGCACAGAGCGCGGAAAGGAGGUAACAGACCCCUGCAGUGUGUGAUCCUGGAGAAGCAGGAAUUCAGUCCAAUGGGAAUACGAACCCCUGCUGUGAUGGCUUCUGUCCUGGUGUGCUUCAUGCGGCUUCCUUGGGCAAGAUGUGAGGAGAACUGUGUCAGUCCUGAACAUUGCCUGACCACAGAUUGGGUACAUCUCUGGUAUAUAUGGUUGCUGGUGGUGAUUGGCGCUUUGCUUCUACUGUGUGGCUUGACUUCUGUGUGCUUCCGCUGCUGCCUGAGCCGCCAGCAAAACGGGGAAGACGAGGACCGGCCCCCCUGUGAAGUGACAGUCAUCGCUUUUGAUCAUGACAGCACUCUCCAAAGCACGAUCACUUCCCUGCAGUCAGUGUUUGGCCCUGCGGCUCGGAGAAUCCUGGCAGUGGCCCACUCCCACGGCUCCCUGGGUCAGCUGCCCUCCCCGUCCGACACCCUCCCCGGGUAUGAGGAAGCUCUUCACAUGAGUCGCUUCACCGUAGCAAGAUGUGGGCAGAAAGCACCUGACCUACCCCCAGUUCCAGAAGAAAAGCAGCUGCCUCCACUGGGGAAAGAGGCUCCUCAAGUAGAACACUCUUCAAACUGAUGGGAACCCUGGUUUUAUAAGUGGGGUGAGGGUAUCCCCAGAGUCGGUGAAGACAGACAAAUGGAACAAUUUUGUCUAACUUUCAGAAGAUUUAGGAUGACAUCUAAACAUCGUUCGGUGGAAAAGAUGGGUUCCAACUCAUUUCCAGCAGCAUGUAUUUUCUGAUAUGGAAUGCUCUAAUAGAGAGCUCUCAUUCUUUAUCCAAUAGCCUAAAUUUGUAUCUAACCUCUAGCAAUGCUGAUUACUACUGAACCAGGAGAGCAUCAAAGGCUUCUGCAAAUUCCUUCAGCUCUUGAGUUCCUUUACCCAUGUGAUACUGCACGUUGCUCUUCUCUGCCAGCUAAUAGAUAAUAAUACACUUGAGGAGAAAGGCAGCCAUGAAUAUAAUUCACCAAAUUCACACUUCCUCUAAAGAGAACACCCACUUUUAUACUGAAUGAUGAUGAUAAUCUUAGACACCAUGUAAUGCCUACCUGGACAUCCAGAACCAGGGGUGGGGUUGCAUGUAUGGGCUAGGAGGACACAGUAUAGCACUGAAGUGCCAAAUAUCAAGGGCUUUCUUUCACUCUGGUCCUUCCCUCCAGGGGUGUGAGAAAUCACAUAGAGUGCAGUAACAGUUGUAUUCAUUUUUCAGUUCCUCUGCCCUGUGAACACACACACACACACACACACACACACACACACACACACACACACACCCUUUUCUAACUCUGAAAGAAUAGCAUUGCUUUGCUUUUUUUCCUCCUUCCUGCUUUGAUCACCUAAAAUCAAGUUGUCAGCCAUGACAGACACUAGUCUCUAGUGGUGGCCUUUACUGUCCCCUAGUGGAGCCAUGGUAGAAAAUGCAUUCUCCUAUUUGAGCCUAUCCGCUCACCUCUCCAGUUCCGGCCGCAUUAAGUGAACUAAGCCUGGGUGAGAUCCUUCCCAAGGCACCAUCCAGCUGUGUAACGCUAAGCCGUCCACCUAACAUAGUACCUCCAAAAUGUACUACUAUUGGAAAAUUGAAGAAGUAAAGAAUAUUUGGGGAAAAACUAGUCAGCAGUGGCCUUAGAUAAGUCACUGAAAUCUUUAAAGCACAGUGUUCUCAUCUGUAAGAUAGGCGAUAAUGACACCUCACAAGAUUGUUGUGAUGAUAAAAAAUGAGCUAAGUAUAUAUGACAAAGUUUGUAAACUAUUAUGCACAUGUACUUGUUAUUCUUGGUAUGAACACCUAAUGUUCACCUGCCUGUUAUGGUUCUGAUUUGUCCUUUUGCCGUUACUGCUAAGUCACACUUGAAGUAGCUAGCUUUAUUUCAUCAAUAAUAUUUGUUAACUGAGGUAAACAGCUAAAGAUAUGUGAUUCCUCUUCAUAUGUUCUAUGUAGAGGUAAGGGGCAUUAGAGAAAACUCAUUUAUUAGAGAAUGAGCUCCCGUACUCAGGGAGACGUGACACAGUCCAGGAAUGGCUGAUGAGUUCAGCACCUCGUUAAAUCCAUUCUUUGAGGCAUCCUCACUCAGCCCAGCCACAGGGAAAAUGUUCUGAGUAUAACCCGCUGGUGAUCUGCAUUUAUUCUGAGUCAUUUAUCAAACUGCCUCUGGAAAUUGUUGCAAUGCAAGGGUUGUUAAUAGCACCUGAGGUGGCCUUGUUUUGCCAAAUGAAUCACUUCAUUAUCAUGCAUUCUAUGAAAUAUUCUUGGCUCAUUACUCCUUCAAGAUACCAGGAUCUUAAGUCAAAAUGCAAAAGGUAUAAAAAGAUCUUGGAAGAAAUCCUGUUUUAUUCUAAAGAGAUCUCUCUGCCGCACCUCUCCCUGUCCCUUUGCCCCCUCCUCAGCCAAGUGACGCGUUCACUCUGGUCAGUCUCCCAUUUUGUCACGAGCUAUUAGCAUCCAUUUGGCUUCCUUCCUUCUAUACUCAAUUUGAAUUAUGUAUUGUAAAAAGCAGAAAGAGUACAGAGCUGAAGAAGAAAAAAGUCACAUUGUUAAGCCUUGUAAUAAGUAAUUCAGACACUGAACUUGAAGACAAUCAGAAGCUACUUAAUGUGUUUUUAGCAGGAGAGUGUGCCACAAUGUGAUCAACUUUGUAGAGAGAUACUCUGAUGAAAGUCUGAGGUCUUGGCUGAAGUGUGAAGAAGGCAGGACUUCAUUCUAUUUAGGAGCAUACUGUAAACAUCUUGGUUAAAAGUGAUGAGAGCCUGAAAAUAAACAUGGGGAUGGUGAUGAAAUGGACGUUAUUCCUUCUCUUUUUUUUCAACAGAAUUCUUAGCUGUGCUCCAAUUGAAAAAUAAAUAACAAAAUGGUUAGGAUAGUGGAUUUCUACACCAUUGUUCUCUAGAUUUUUUUCUCUAAUGUUAAGCAGUAGUGAUUCUUUACCACCUCUUUCUCAGCCCCAAUGACCCAUUGUGUAUAGACCUGCAACUUGGCAGUGAAGCUGCACGACGACCCGUCCUGGACAGCUUACUUUGGGUAGCCUGGGGGGUGAUUACACUGGGCAAAAAACCACCUUUUCCAUCGCUUUUUACUUGCCAAAACCGAAACUCCUGCAAACAAUCUGGGCUGUGUCUAGUCUGAUAACGAUAUCUGAAAGGAAGUGUCAAUAUCAAUAGCAGGAAAUAACUCUGACAGCACAAAGCUCCUAAUCUCUGAGAGACCUGAAAGACCAGCAUAUAUUAGUUUCCACUGGACAAUACAGGCUUUCCUUUCUGGGGGAAGAUGGGUCUGAGAGGAGAUUGGGCUAUGAUGACUGGUUUUGUCUGUGGUUUGGACACUUGAGUUGGCCUUGUAACUGUGGCCUAGAAGACCCUUAUUAGAGGAUCUGAUGAACACAUUACGAGUUUACUUGUACAUGGGUAUAUGAAAAUAAAGCAAACAUGGGAUUUAUGUAACCAAUUUAAGAGACAGAAGAGAAAAUUGCAAAGUCUGGGAGCAGUGAAUUUUGGUUUCUUUUCCUUGGGUAAGCAAAUUGGCUGGAAAGCAAUAAAGAGGCCAUGAUGGGAAGUCUGCCCUUGAGCAAACUGACAGAAAACAAUUUCAGUGACUUAUGGAUUGAACAAGAUACACUGAGAGUUCAACUGUGGAAAACGUUUUACAUGCUGUCUCUGAGUGAUGUUGGUCAAUGGUCUUCUGUUGACACCUUCACCUUGGUUAAGCCAGAUUUACACUGUUUUCCACUUCAGAAUUCCUUAUAACUUUGAGUUUGGAAAGGGUGGCAUGAAAGUGGUAGUGUUUGAGUUGAAACCUGACUGAUGAUAGAAUUUUAAACAUCAAAUAGACAGUAUAAGAGCAUUUUCUGUCUAUGAGCAAGGAUACAAAUAAUGAGAAUGUGAGUCAUGGAGAAUGUUAAAAAUUUCAAGAGUGAUAUAAUAAGAAUGAAUCUAGAAAGAUAGGUUGGCAUCUUUUUAUGGAAGGCAUUACAUAGGAGCUUAAGCAGUUUGAUCUUUAUGCUAUAGUCUAUGAAAACCAUUAUAAGUUUUUGAAGAGGGAAAGAGAUCAUGUAAAUUGUAUGAUGCUUUGGCUGUCUCUAGAGGAUGAAUAAAAGAAGUGACAUGUAGAAGACAGGGAGACCAUUAUGGCUAGUGAACUAUUCCACAGAGAAUACGUGUACUUUUUCAAUUUCUUUCAUAAAAGCUUAGUUAUAGGCAAAGUUAUGAAAGAAGGCAGUCUCAAUUUACACCUCUUUAUUUCAGCUUCAUGGCAGUCAUGCUUUAAUUGUUUAUGUUGCCCUUUGGCUAUUACUAUCCUUGAUUGACAAAUGAUAUCAAUGUUCCAACUCCCUAGACCUUUCUUGAGUACCAGUUUGUAUAUCAAACUUGCCUACACAGACUCUCUCUUGUACUCCCCUUUUGCACUAGAUAGAACCUGCUCUCGUAUAUGAUGUUAAUGCUAAUUACUAUAGGUAGUAAAGUUGAAUACUACUCUUUCCAACUCUCAAAAGGGUUGUAAAUCCACACUCGGUAAAUACUAAAGUAGAUGAAUACACAGCCAAUUCAAAAGGGACAAAAGUUCAUCUAAAGCCAAACAAAUGGUAAGUAAUCAUAGCCACUUGAAUGCCUACAGUGCACCGUUUAAUUCUCCAAAGUAUGUGUUUCCUUUUGUCAGCUUUGGAGGCUGAAUUGCAGAGAAGUGAUGUAACUUUCAGGGAUCUGAAUGUCUGAGUUGGUUUUAUACUCAACUUCUGCAGACUUGAAACACCAAACAGAAAAACCGUUUGCUCUUAUCUUUAAACUUGAUUUUAUUCCUUUUAAUCAAAUGUAAGCAUUCAUAAAGAGUAAAAAAUCAAAGAGCUCUGUAAGGCGAAGAAAAAUAGCACCUUCCCACUAUACAUGUAAAUGUACAUAUACUCUCUACUUUGUAUCUGAUUUUGUAAAAUCUACAUUUCAACAAAUACUUUACAUAUAUUGCUAUUCUUGAUUUUUUUAUUUUCAGUUUUGGAGCAUCAUCUAUUGACUUGCCAUUAUAGAAAAAACAAAAUUUAGCCCCUUUUCAUUACCAUGAUCCCUACCUUUGCUACCAUGACAGAUCUGAAUAUUUCUUGUGCCUCCUAUCUUGUAAACAUAGUUAUAUCAUAAUUUUAAUUAGAUGAGUAUAAUGGGUGGCAGCAAAAAGAGUAGUAACGAAUAAGAGCCUGAAACCAGGCUUUUGGGCUUUUUCCUUACUCCUUGUGCAAUCAUGGUGUAGUGAUUUAAUCAUUUUUAAGUUGUAAAAUGAUGAUAAAAUAAGUACAUACUCAUAUACAUUUUAUUAUGUGCGGAUUAUGGGGGUUAAUGCAUAUACACAUACUAUACAUAAAGCAUGUAUAUCAAAGCCUCUUUCCUUUUUGCAUGUCUGUCUCUUUGUCCAAAUGUUCCCCUUUUUAGAAGGACACCAGUUAUAUCGGAUUAAGGCCUACCCUAAUGGCCUCAUCUUCUGAUCAUCUGCAAAGACCCUAUUUCUAAAGUCACAUUUACAGAUACUGGGGGUUAUGACUUUGACAUUUCUUUGGGGGACAUAAUUCAACCUAGUGGAGUUUCAGGAGACAACAAAGGCAAAUAUAUCUUUUUCAAUCCACCAUCUUAAAUCAGAAGUCUUCCUUUCGCUUUCUGGACUAUGACAUACUACGCUUUUUUUGAGUAUUCACUUUGUAUCCAAAGCACUGAGGAUAUAAAUACAAGUAAUAUGUCACCAAAUAGCACACAGACUACACGAAACUAGGGACUUAAAUGCCAUUAGAACUCCCUCCAACACUAUCUUUAGAUUUAUCUCUAUCCCUGUCUAUAUAUCUUGAGUCCCUGACUGUCAUCUUCUUUAUCUCUCUUAUCUUGGACUGGUGCAUUUAGGCUGAAAAUUUGGACUUCAUGAAACUAAAACAGUCACUACUGUAAGCCCCUGAUCGUACAUCAUUGAAAUGUCAUCGUCAAAAAAGGGGCUUAUUGGGCCGGCCGAGUAGCACAAUGGUUAAGAGCUGGCUUGGGACACCAGAGGGCCUCGGU